AUGGCUGACAUCUUGUUCGUUAGUAAUCUAGCCGUGAAAGCCGGGAAGAUGAUUGAAGCUGGCUUCUCAAAAAGUGUUCCGUAUGACAAGAAAGAAUCAUAUGCUGACUUGGUAACUGAAGUGGAUAAGGCUGUGGAGAAUUAUAUCUGUCAAGAAAUCCUUUCAUCGUUCCCUACUCACAAAAUUAUUGCAGAGGAAGGGUAUUCUGGAAACGCCGAGCUUACUUGUUCGCCUACAUGGAUAAUCGACCCGAUUGAUGGAACCUCAAACUUUGUUAGCAGGUUCCCUUUUGUUUGCGUUUCAAUUGCUUACUAUGUUAACAAAGAGCCCGAGCUAGCUGUUGUUUAUAAUCCGAUAUUGAAAUGGCUGUUUCAUGGGAUUCGUAAUCAAGGAGCAUUUCUGAAUGACAAACAAAUUCAUACAUCAAAACUUCAGGAUCUGUCUCAGGCUUUGGUUUUGACCGACUGGGGAGGUGACCGAAAUCCAAGUGUUUUAGAUAUAAAGUCAAACAAUAUUCGCCAAAUAAUAUCGAAAGCUCGUGGAGUGCGCACCAUGGGUUCAGCAGCUUUGCAUAUGUGUCAGAUUGCUGCCGGUAAUGGUGAUAUAUUUUUCGAAUUUGGAAUUCACUGUUGGGAUUAUGCCGCAGCUGUAUUGAUUGUUCGUGAAGCAGGAGGUUUUUGUUGUAAUUUUGACGGUAAACCUGUAGAUUUAAUGGCGAGAAAUGUUAUAUGUGCGGGAACUCCAGAACUAGCUAA